UUGUCCUCCUUCCUGAUAGCAAAACAACAAGCAGAGUAUAAAAGGGGGGAGCAGCGGGGGCAGAGGCUUGUUUUUGUUCCUGGAGUUGCAGCAGCGAAGAACUGAGCAGAGGGAAGGAAACUUUUUAACCAAACGACUUGGGGCAGUGAGGAGGCACCACAGUGAUGUGGGUGAGCCUCAGCCUGCUCCUCUCUCUCUGCCUGCUCCAUGGGGGCGGAGCAGAGAGUGACGGAGGUGGGCCUCGCUGUCAGCCGCCGUCAUCGUGGAAGAUAGGGGAGGUGGAGCCGAUGAAGGAGAGGAUGGGCCAGGUGACAGUGGUGGCCCUUCUGCAGGCUAGCUGACUGUUCUGCUUGGUGCAGGCUUCCAGAGUGGACGGCCUGCGCCUGAAGCUGGAGAGUCAGGGCCUGAGGGAUGUGACCUACAUGGUCAUUAACCACCAGGGGGAGCAGGCACAGCGCCUGCACACCAUGCUGGCACAGAGACUAUCAGGGAACAUCAUCCUGUACAAACAGGAGGAGCAACAGCCUGAUGUCUGGCAGACGCUGGGGGGAGAGAAAGACGACUUCUUGAUCUAUGACAGGUGUGGCCGUCUCACCCACCACAUUUCCCUCCCAUACUCCAUCAUCGGACAAGGUCAUGUCGAGGGUGCGAUCAAAGAUACCUACUGCAAACGCAUGUGUGGGGACUGCACACAUGAGAGCGCUGAGAUUCCAGAGGAGUGCAAAGGGAAAGCAGAUGCACAGCCUGAUGCAGAUGCUGCCCCAGCUGUGGAGGAAGACACAGGACAUGGUAACGGGCAUGGUCACCAUCAUGGACAUCACCAUGGUCAUGACCAUGCCCACCAUGGGGAUAAUCAUGGGUUUCACCCCCGUGGCGUUGGCCAUGGCAAUGGUCACCACCAAGGUCAACACCAUGGAAAUCAUGAUAACCAUGACCAUGGACAAAGCCAAACUCAACAAGAUCUUAGGCCACAGGGGCAAGAGCAGAAUGGUCAGGUGUUUCAAGGGCAGCAACAAGCAGAGUUAGGCCAGAUGCAGCAAGCAGUGCACAUGCAGAUGCCACAGGAGGCCCAUGGAGCCCAUGUGAGGCCCUGAGUACCAAAGAAGUUGAGUUGAAAAUCAAAGCACAGCUGACAGGGGACAGCAGGCUCUGACAACGAAGCCUUUCCUAAGGUCAGCUGAUGCUGACACUGACGCAGGCUGUUUGGGGAAGCAGGGAGCGAGGAGCCCGUCGGUCUCUGACACUGUGAUGAGGCGCUGCCCGCCUCCUGACAGUGACACGGACUGAUAGGCGAUGCAUCCAAUAAUGUUAGGGAGACCUGACAGUGACGCUCGCCUCCUGCUGACUGACAGCAGCCUCAGCCAGCCCAGUGACCCUGACCCCCAGGUGUAGUGAGCUGAGGAUGAGAGCAGCUGUAAGCUGACUCUGAUAUCAGCCUCAUAUUAACAUCUGCUAACAACACCACGGUCAGGUGCACUUUUUACCAACAAGUAUUACCCUGGGAAAGGGCGGGGCCGUCCCUGACAGCAUGUGUGAUAGAUGAACAGAAGAUGUCCAACAUCCCAAUGAAAGAUAAACACAUGCCUUAAAACAUGUGGUGUGUUUCACCCGUCUCAGCAUGUCUGUCAGUGUGUCGCUCCCAUUUUUUCUCAGGAGUAUACGUGGUUAUCAUAUUUGUAAAUUGCCUUUUCCAGUUCGCUCUCCAUCCUUUAUGAAACCAGGCGCAGAAACUACGCUCUAGUGGCGUCUGUAUGAAAUCCGGCAGGAGAGAGAGGAGAAGGUAGUUAGGGAACAUGAUAAGCACUCAAAAUAUUUUAUAAUUAAGUAUGAGAGGAUGUUUGAAGAAACAGAGAAAUGUGAUAGACUCUGCAAACACAACAAAAAUGAAUGAUUAAGAGGGAAUAAGAUAAGAUGAUAUCACAGUAACAUCAUAUUAGGAGAAUUAAAUCUGUAGUCUGUAGUUUUUUGGGGAAACCUGAAAGCACAAAACAUGUAAAAGCAAACCUAAAAAACUUCACAUCAGCGACAUGUUUAUCUGUAGGGCCUGAUAUCACUGUUUUUAAGCACAUAUAAUGGCAGUAACCACUUCUUUUUGUUUUGCAAAGUCACUUGAUUACACUAGUGUAUCUCUUUUCAGCUUUCAACGUGCACAUUUUAAAAUGACAUUUCUUUAUUUUGCAUUUACUAGACUUGUAGGCUGCAAAUUGUUCAUUUAUACAAGGCUUGUUUAAAAAAUAAAAAAAAUAAAAUGCUCUAUUGUUUGGGAAAAGACAGAAAGAAAAAGAGAGUGAAGCGAUGAAUGAAUGUUGGAAUACAUUCUGUACUUAAUGACGGUUUCUGUGGGAAGGUCACGAUCACCCUGAAAACCUGAUGCCUGCACAGAGAACUGUAUUGUGUUAAUGUCGUCACAAAUGCAAAUGAAAAUGGAAUAAAGAUGGUUGAGUUGCA